AUGUACGCUGCCACAAGAAAAACUGCCAUUGCUGAAGCCACAAAAGCCUAUCGUUCUACUGUUGCCACUUCAUUGAUGUCUACCUCUAUUCAAACGACUACACGAUCAAUGUCUGCCUUCUCUCAUAUGUCUGAUAAUGACCCAGAGGUUCUCCAAAAGGAAAAGGAAAAGAAUUUGAGCAAAAAAGACAGAAAAGAAUGGAACGAAAAAUUAGCCUCUCAUAGUGAAGCUGCUGUCAAAGCUGAUAAGGAACGUGAAAAGCCCAUUGAACAUUUACAGUCCGAAACCCUUGAAGACCUCAAGAAGAGGGAAAGCGAGGAUAACUAA